CUCCCGGGGGCUCCGCGCCCCCGCGCCCAGGUCCCUCCCCCUUGGCGGGCGCUCACAGGCCGCGCGGGCAGCGCGAGCCCCGGAGCCCCCGGCGGCCUGUGCGCCCCGAACCGGCAUGGACCCGGAGCGCUGCGCGCCUUUCGGCGUGGGGCCCGGGCCUGGCCCCUACGCGGCCGCCGGGGACGAACCUCCCGGCUCCCAGGGAACCCCCGCCGCCGCGCCUCACCUGCAUCCCGCGCCACCCCGCGGCCCGCGGCUGACCCGCUUUCCGGCCUGCGGGCCCCUGGAGCCCUACCUCCCGGAGCCGGCCAAGCCGCCCUCCAAGUACCUGCAGGACCUCGGGCCCGGCCCGGCGCUCAACGGCGGCCACUUCUACGAGGGCCCAGAGGAAGCUGAGGAGAAGGCCUCCAAAGCUGCCAGCUUCCCCCAGCUGCCCUUGGACUGCCGAGGGGGCCCCCGAGACGGGACCUCUAACUUGCCAGGCUCCCCAGGCCCCUGCCUUGCCAGCCUGCGUGUCCCUCUGUCCCCGGGACUCCCUGACUCCAUGGAGCUGGCCAAGAACAAGAGCAAGAAGCGCCGGAACCGCACAACCUUCAGCACGUUCCAGCUGGAGGAACUGGAGAAAGUCUUCCAGAAAACCCACUACCCUGAUGUAUAUGCCCGGGAACAGCUGGCUCUGCGCACGGACCUGACCGAGGCCCGAGUACAGGUCUGGUUUCAGAACCGCAGAGCCAAGUGGCGGAAGCGUGAGCGUUAUGGGAAGAUCCAGGAGGGGCGGAACCCCUUCACGUCUGCCUAUGACAUCUCCAUGCUGCCCCGGACCGACAGCCAUCCCCAGCUGCAGAACUCCCUGUGGCCCAGUUCAGGGUCUGGGAGCCCCGGGGGUCCUUGCCUCGUGAGUCCAGAGGGCGUCCCCUCCCCAUGCAUGUCUCCAUACUCCCACCCUCAUGGGAAUGUGGCUGGCUUCAUGGGGGUGCCAACCUCUCCUGGAGCCCACCCUGGCAUCUACUCCAUCCAUGGCUUCUCCCCCGCCCUAGGGGGCCACAGCUUUGAGCCUUCUCCGGAUGGCGACUAUAAGUCUCCAAGCCUCAUCUCACUCAGGGUGAAGCCCAAGGAGCCGCCCAGCCUGCUGAACUGGACCACAUGAUCUGUCUCAUGGACAUGCAGACUUGAGCUGCCCAACCCCGUUUCUGCUCCCAGCUGCUCCUACCCCACCCUGGCCUGGAUGCCAGAGAGGACGCACCUCUGCCUCCAAGCCCAGAAGGUUCCUGGAGGCCCCGGCAGAGCAGCUGGGACCCUUAGGCUUCCGCAGGGAACAAGCUACAGAAUCUUUCCUGUUAGAAUAAGGCGAGGCUGCCCAGGAGAAAGGGGGCUUCAAAGCAGGUAGGACUCUUCCUACCACACACUGGGUCCCCUCCCCCAAACUCUGGGCAGGAGGGAAAAAGAUACUGCCCUGCUUCCUUCAGACUUCCUUCAAACUGUCAACCCUCCAGCUGAAACAACUGGCACCUCAUUCAGGGAAUGCAGGAAAAUGGGAGGAUGAAACAGGUUGAACUAGGCGUUCCUUGCCACUUGGAAACUGGAGGUUGGCAUAGAAGGUACCCCUUCCCCCCUGCUCCACCAUCUCUCCUCGUGUUCUGUGCCCCCUCCUGCAACAUGCUAUGGAAUCCUCUUCCCCUUCCAAGGGUAAGAAAUUCCACCAGAAACCACCAGUAUUUGAAUUCUCUUCCAUGAGAUCAGGCCAGAUCUCCCUUGGUUUACUCAUUGGAUGUUGGUAAGAAAACAGAUUUCCCCAGACUCAGCCCUUGAGAUUCCAAACCCCACUUUUGUAAAAAUACUUUUGUAAAAAAAAAAAAUGUGCUGCCCAGCAUAAUAAUAAAGGUGGCAGUAUUUUUUAU